GGCAAACAUCCGGGUCACAAAAUACACCAUCAAAGAAGAGGAACGACUGCGUUUCCAUCGCCUGCUUAGUUACUACACAUACAUGCUAUACAAGUUAUUGAUGGAAAUGUCAUUAUGUACACUACGUAGUGCUCUUGAUAAUAAAGAGGGAGUUGUUCAGGAUUCAGCACAAAUUGCAACAGAGUUUACUUACCUCAUUUAAGCCGGAUUUCCUUAAAUGAAGACUUUCGUCUUUAAAAGUUUGUUUAAAAGUUCAGCGAUUUGGUGUAUCUUAUUUAGCAGUGUUUUACGGAGAACAGAACAUCAUCCAGCAUGUCCCGGCCAGAGAAUCACGUGAUUUGGAAAUCAGGACACGUGGCGGCGUACCUGCAUCCUUCUCCAUGGACUCCAGGGGCCACUGUUGUGACCCACGAUCCCCCUAAAACCCCAAGCAGCCUUUUCCGCUUAUCCGAAUCCUCGUUCCUGAGCCUUCUCCUGGGAGCACGGGCAGUCGGAGAACUCCUCUGUAAGCGUCUCUGCGUCCAGCGCUGCGCUCUCGUCCACAGACCCGACUGUGACGACGGCACACCUGCAAAUCUGCUGCUCCUUCCUCUUCAUGGCUUGGAGGACACGUGGAGGCCGCAUCUCGCUCCUGAGGAAGACUUUCAGCCUUAUGAUCCUGGCUACAUAACUUCCAAAAGCGGUCCACGUUGGACUGAUCUUAACCUGGAAGCUGUUAGGAAUAGAAUUCGGGAAAAACUGCCUUCUCCGGAUGCCCCUCUUAACUACACGUUCCUCGGAGAACCGUCACACCCGGGGUUGUUUUCCCGUAUCGUUCGAGGAGAGGAGAAGCAGUGGAGGGUCUGGGAGGAUGAAGGCCACAUUGCCUUUCUCACACCGUUCCCCAACACUCCAGGUCUCACAGUGGUGAUUCCACGCAAGCCGCUCACCAGUGACAUCCUCCGUCUAGACGACGGGGAUUACACAGACCUGGUGCUGGCAACCCGGAAGGUGGCGAGGCUCUUAGAAGAAGCACUGGGAGCAUGGGGAGUGGGGGUCAUAUUUGAGGGCUUUGAGAUAGACUACGCUCACGCUAAACUGAUUCCUCUGGUUUCAUCACCAGGCAAUGUGACACAAAAUGCUGUGUGUUCAGUACAAGAGUUUUAUGAUGUGUAUCCUGGGUUUGUGAGCUCAGCUAAUGGACCACAAGCCAGUACAGAACAUUUAAGACAGAUCCAUGACAAAAUCACUAAAAUGUCAUAGGACUGAUGUUUAAUUUCAUAUCCUUUAUUAAAUCUUUUUUUUUAAAAUCUGUUUCAGAUCAAGAUAAGUUUCCUAUUUGUGUAUUUUUUAAAUACUAAGGCUACAUCUACAUUAAUCUGGACAGAUCUGAAAGCUGCAUUUUUGUAUUAAAACGCUCUCCGUAUACACUGGUGUUCUCAAACAGUUUCCAAAAAUUGCUCGUCCACACUGAGACAUCUGAAAACGCUUACAUCCCUAUACUGCGCAUGCGUAAAAACGUAAGAAGCUCUGGUCUGCGUCAUUUCCUCUGGGGAGUUUAUUUACUUUCUGUCUCUUUGAAUUGAUGCGGUAAUGUGGAGGAAAAGCAGAGUUUUUUUAAUGGACAGAUGAAGAGGUGGAGUAAGCUUGCUAACCCAAGACUAUAAAGUUGUUUGUUUUGAGUUGAAUGGAUCACAUGACUGUGAGAAAACGCUGUUAUUAGUGUAGACGGAAGGCCAAAACAUAGAGAAAAAGAUGCAUUUUCAAAUUUAUCUGGAUUAAUGUGGACGUAUCCUAAGUCAAAAUUAUAUAUUGCAUUUUUGUCCACAGUUAGGGCAGCAGUUAAGCUUCUGUGCUUUUGACCAAAAUAUUGUGAUUUCUGAUCCCUGGACAGAGAGACACAUCUGGGCUCUCAAACAAAGCCAAUAUCCUGCAAAUGCCCAGGUCAUUGCUUUGAUUGGACUCAUAAUUUUCUAACCUCAUAUCAGAUAUAAACAGUAAUUAUGUAUGUUUGAAUACCAAAAUAUUUUCAGUUUGCACUGAUUUAAAAUUGUAUAGUUAAUUGCUCAACUAAUUAAUGUCAAUGCAAUUCAAAUGUAAUACUGACCUAAUUUUAAUACUUCACUCUAUUAAAGUGAACAUCCCUCUCUUCGCUGAA